UUUUACAGAGGAGGAUUCGUCCCCCUCGCGGUGUCAGAGGUUGGUUUCGAACUCUCCUCCCACAACCGCCCCCACCCUCCUCCGGCACAGUCUACUUUGAGCAUGCGCCUCCAAGAAUGGGCGGAGCGGAGUUUUUCUGGCGAGAAAUAGCCCUCCCCGGUUUGCGCUGAUUGGCUGGGGACGCAGAUAGGGUUAUCGCGGGAAAACCCCACAAUGACGCCACUUUCGCUUCCGUCCAUAUUCAACAUGGCCGAAGGAGCGUUCCGCCCCGGAAACGGAAGGGGGUUCAGGGGAAAGGAGGGUCAAAGGCUUCCCAAGAUGGCGGCGCCCUAAGCCGGAGGCCUCUGAGAACGCUGAUGGCGGGGGCGACGUGGAGAGGAGUGUGCGCGGGGGCGCGGCGCGCGGGGCCGCUGUUGCCAGGGCGCGCUGGCCCGUUGCUAAGGACGCACUGGACCGCGGCUGGGAAGUCUCGGAGCCGACGGGAGGCAGCCGAGGCCGAGGCCCCCGUGUUCCAGUACGUGGGCGAGCGGGCGCGGCGCGCGGACCGCAUCUUCACUUGGGGCUUCUCGUACACGGGCGCGCUGGGCGUACCCAGCUUCGUGAAGCCCAGCGCCGACGGGCCGGCAGCCGGCCGCAAGCCUCGCGCCAUCCAGGCGGUGCCCUACCGCCUGGAGCUGGAUGCCCGGAUUUCAUCCGCCGCCUGUGGCUAUGGAUUCACGCUGCUGUCAUCGCAGACCCGGGACAUCACCAAGGUCUGGGGCAUGGGCCUCAACAAGGAUUCUCAGCUGGGCUUUCACAGGAGCCGGAGAGAUAAGAGCCGGGGAUAUGAGUAUGUCUUGGAGCCAUCGCCGGUGCCGUUGCCUCUGGACAGACCGCAGGAGACCCGGGUUCUGCAGGUGGCCUGCGGAAGAGCGCACUCGCUGAUCCUGACAGACAGCGAAGGAGUCCUCAGCAUGGGCAACAAUUCCUAUGGGCAGUGUGGAAGAGCUGUGGUCACGGAUGAAGCUUACAGUGAGAGUCACAAAGUACACAGAAUGCAGGACUUCGAUGGACGUGUGGUGCAGGUCGUCUGUGGCCAAGACCACAGCCUGUUCCUGACGGAUAAAGGCGAGGUGUACUCGUGUGGAUGGGGGGCGGAUGGGCAAACAGGUCUGGGUCACUACAACAUCACCAGUAAACCCACCAAGGUCGGUGGUGGCAUUGUUGGAGUCAAUAUAGUGCAGGUCGCCACCUACGGAGACUUCUGUCUUGCCGUGUCUGCUGAUGGAGACCUCUUUGGCUGGGGCAACUCGGAAUACCUGCAGCUGGCUUCCGUCACCGAAGCCACCCAGGUGAAUGUCCCCAUGCACUUGCCCUUCUCUGGGAUUGGGAAGGUCAAGCAGGCGGCCUGUGGUGGUACUGGCAGCGCAGUUUUAAAUGACAAAGGAAAUGUUUUUGUCUGGGGAUACGGGAUUCUUGGGAAAGGGCCAAACCUCAUGGAAACUGCGCUCCCAGAAAUGAUCCCGCCUACCCUCUUUGGCUUGUCGGAUUUCAGCCCAGACGUCCGGGUUUCCCACAUUCGCUGCGGACUCAGCCAGUUUGCCGCACUUACCAACAAAGGAGAGCUGUUUGUGUGGGGUAAGAACAUCCGAGGUUGCCUGGGAAUUGGCCGCCUGGAAGAUCAGUACUUCCCAUGGAGGGUGACGAUGCCAGGGGAGCCGGUACAAGUGGCCUGUGGGGUGGAUCACAUGGUGACUCUGGCUAAGUCAUUCAUCUAAGCCUGCCACCUCCCCCGGGCUCCAGAAGCAUGGCCCCCCAGCCCUCAGUGCUCUUGGAGACAAGCCAGCCCCGCUGUGCUCGAGCUGCUGCCUUCUCGGGCCCCAUCCCUUCAGUUGGACUUGGCAGGUUUGGGCCCCUGGACCAUUUGGUUCAUUUGUUUCUCUGCUGCCAGCCAGUGACUAGACACCUCAUAAUGGGGAGUCCCUCUGAGCGUGUGUGGUGCGGGUGAGGAUGCAGCCACCACCUUCCUUUCUCUCAGGGUGGCAUUGACAACAAGCCCCUUCCAUGCUGAGGGCUGAAUGUACAGAUGCCCAGUUUGGGGCUCUGUGUGGCUCUCCAUGGCAGCAGGGGCCUGGGUGGGCUAUGCCAGCAACAGCCCUGCAGUGAUGAAGAGGGAAGGCAGGGCUGCUGCUGCCUGGUCUCCCCAUUCGGAUUUUUCAACUCUUAUCAAACAAAUAAAAUGACAGCUUUCUCUGGGCACAGCAGCACUCUCCAUUGUGCUGGCCAGUCGAGCAGAAACUGGCUGGGGGCAGGGGAAGGAGUGGCCUUUGGACCUUCUGAGUAUAUUUGAUCAGUAAGAGAUGACCCAGCAGAAUUCAUGGUUGACUUGGGGUUUCCAUGGCCCCUGGUGAGGGUUUGGGCUGCCAGAGCCACUCUGUUCUUAGCUAUUACUUCAUUUGUGUCUGACCUGGCAUCCCUGGGGGCCAGCCUGGACCUAGCUGCGGGUGGAUGGCCUAGGCCUCUCCUGUGCUGCCUUGUUCUGCUGAGAGAGGAGGAGAGAGAGAGAGGCAGAGAGAGGGAGAGAGACAGAGAGCGGGGAGAGGGAGGGAGGGAUGGAUGGAGACAGACUGCUUCAGACCCUGCUCUGUUGGGAACGUCACAAAAUCACAGACGGGGCUCUGAAGGGGAAGCUGGGUCUUGACACUGUUCUUAGGGUCCCUGCUUCUGUCUGGGAGUCCAGUUAAGUGGCCCCCCAGGAGGACAGCUGCUUAUAUUCCAAUGCUGGGCUGCAGGGGCAUGAGCGUAUCACCAAAUCCCAAUGAACCAAAGGUUUCAAGUUGGCCUUGGUCUGGAGAAGAAAAAUCAACCCAGAAGUGACUUUAUGGAAAGAAUUUCACUAAGUGUGCCUGUAAAGAAGCCUUUUCUUUUAUUUACUUUUUGAAUAAAGCAAAAUGUGUCUUUUGUUAGUUGCUUACAGAGAGUGAAGAAAUGCUCACUGGGACAGGGGGGCCAGAAUUCUCGCUACCAGCAGAGAGCACCUUUACUCACCUGGCCAUUUGGAAAUUGGCCAUGAAUGUUAAACUCUAGAAAUAGAGGCACAAAUUUGGGAUUAUAAUAAAAGAGAAAAUGAAAAACC